AUGUGAUGUGAAAAUUUGAGCUGAGCUAGCCGAGCCCAGCGUCGCCAUAAAUUUUCUCAACACUAGUUCUUUGAACUUAUUAACUCAAGUCGCAAGUCUCAGUUUUAAAUCCUCAAUUUAUCUUACCAAUAAUGGCACCAAGUGGCAGAGGAGCGAAGAAAGAGGGGAAGAAAGUGUCCGCAUCGUCCAAGGCAGGUAUCACCUUUCCGGUCUCCAGAGUACUUCGGUUCCUCCGGAAAGGUCAAUACGCCAACAGAAUCGGAACAGGGUCUGGAGUGUAUCUCGCAGCUGUGUUAGAAUAUUUGACUGCUGAAAUCUUGGAACUUGCUGGGAAUGCUAGCAAAGAUAAUAAAAAAGUCAGGAUUCUACCACGACACAUUCAGCUUGCCAUAAGAAAUGAUGAAGAACUCAGCAAACUUCUGAGUCAUGUAGUUCUACCCGAUGGAGGGGUUCUGCCCCACAUACAGCAGUCGCUGUUGCCCAAGAAAACUGCGGGCAAAUUGCCUGCGGAGAAGGGCAAGAUGGGCAACGCACUGUCUCAGGAGUACUGAUGUGCCUUGCGUUUUGCAACAAUGUGAAAGACUUGCUCCUCUACUUGUUAUUGUUUAAGAGGUGAUUUUAAAUAGCCAAAACUUUGUAUUUAUAAGAGUUUCUUGUUUGUUAGACAUAAUUGUUGCGAGUUUUACUUUUCUGUAAUCUGGAAUACAGUGAUGCCAUUAUCAACUUUUGACCUGUGUUAUAUAAUUUGUAGGGACAAAGAGUAUUUUUAAAAUUCAUUGUUUAAAAGUAAUAGACGGUAUAAAAAGAUAAGUCUUGUUUUAUGAUUGAUUGUUUUUAAUCUUAGUAUUCAGUAGCUACGUUUAAAAAAAAUGUUCAUAUUUAGCUGUAGAAAAAAAUGUCUGUUUCAUCAUUAAUUACCACCCCAGUCUAUUAGACGUAAUUGCUGCUAUUUAUGAUUUGUAGAUAUAUACAAUGUUUUUGAAUGUGUAUUAUUUAGGCAUUAACCAUAACAGAAAGGUUUUGUAAUAACAGUAUUUAGUAGCACGGUUUUUUUUUAAUAUUUAUCAUUAGCCAUUGUAAAAAUUAUCCAUUUUGUCCUUAAGUUCCUAUCUGUUUGCUAAAGGUAAUGGUUGCAAGUUGUAGUUCUGUAAAUUUAAACCAGGUGAUGUCAUUGUUUGUUCAUUUUUGAGCAGAGUUAUGUAAUUUGUAGGACUUUGUUUAUAUGCAUUUCUCAAGCCACACCCUGUAAAAAGAGAUAGUUUUAAUAACAAUAUUUAGUGCAGUAGCACAGUUUAAAAAAAAUGUUCAUCUUUAUCUGCAGUAAAAAAGUUCUCUUAAUA